AUGAAUGAUUCUAAAAAUGGGACGAAGAAACAGUUUGAUAUUCCUCUUGGCUGCGAAUUUGACAUAGUUAUUGACUGUAACGAAGAGUUUAAUAUCUCAGUUAAUAAAAUUUCAGCACUAGAUUUAAAUGCCUCGGAAAGAAAGUCAUUUGCAUUAGCUACAUCGCGUUCAAAGUCAGCUAGAGCAAGUUCUAGACCAAAAUCAGCUAAAUCAACACGAAUCAACAAAUUAAAUUUAACUGAUAAUAUAUUAGAAGGUGCGAACAUGCCAACAGUGCGUCGUGUGGGUGUCGUUUCCUCAAGAAUGUCUAGCACUGCUCAGCCGCCAAUGUCAAUCAGUCAAUUUGAUUCAAAAUUAAGUCAAACUACAAGGGAGCAUCCUACGACCGCCCGUUCUACAAGAAAAGAUUUUCCAAAUGGAUACGUGCAAACGUAUGUGUUUGGUUUUGAAAAUCCACAACCUUACAUUCCACAUCCCUUUGUUUCUUCCCAUAGACCGAAAACGCCACGUCCAGUUACUGCAUCUGCUAGAAUGCGUAAUACUGAUGAAUUUGGAAUCAAACUUAAAAAGAAAGUUAAAUUAUCUUCAAAGAGAGAAGUUCCUAUAUCAAAAGAGUCAUCUCUCACGAAUUCUCUUACAGUUAGAAGCUUAGAAGAGUUCCUUAAUGAGAAUGAAUAA